AUGGUUUGUGAUAAUAUGUGUAAAUUUGAUAAUUUAAACAAAUCAAAAGAAUUUUUAAAUAUAAAUAGCAAUAAUGAAAACAAUACACCAACAAGUUUUAUAACCCACUCAACAGUUAGCAGUGUGGCAUCAUCUGUUUCAAAUGUUGGAAUCAAUAACCCAUUUCACAAAAAUGACAUCAAAAGUAAUCAACUAAUUGACGAAAUAACAGAUUUAAGAGAGGUAUUAAGAAAAUCUGUAAUUGGGCCGCUCAGUAGAGAAAUAAUUGGUUUAUAUACUGAAGAGCAACAACAAUGUGAACCACAACAGUCUCCGCAACAACAUCAACAAAGUGUUAAUAAUGAAAAUAUAAAAGAAGCAACAAUAAAUAAUGACCAUGACUAUGAUGAUGAUUGGAUGAUAAAACAACAUAUUUUGUUAAAAAAAGAAAAAAAUAAUAUUUUAGCAAAAAGUCCACUUUUGGCAGCAUUAAACAAUAGUGGUGAAAGGUGUUUAUCAAGGGCUAUUAGUGUUACCUCCUUAAAUGGUGCAGGAUCACCAACAAUCAACUAUUUGACAUCAGAACAAGUUUUACAGGAAAUUGAGGAUAAACUAAAACUUUCAAAUGAAAAUAAUGAAAAUAAUAAAAAUUUUAAACCAAGUUAUAUGAAUAAUAAUAAUAAUAAUAAUAUAAAUAAUAGUAAUAAUAAUAAUAAUAAUAAUAAUAAUAAUAAUAAUAAUGAGCAUAAUAAAAUAAUUAAAAAGUUUGAUAAUAAACCUAACAAUAUUAAUAAUGAAAAAACCAAAAUCAAUUAUAAAAAUAAUAUUAAUAAUGGUUUUGAUAAUAAUAAUAAUAAUAAUAAUAAUAAUAAUAAUAAUAAUAGUAAUAAUAUAAAUUCAUUUGACUGUGAUAAUAAUAGUAAUCAUAGUUCACCAACCAUACCAACAUCAUCUUCAACAUCUUCACUAAUGGGUGGAAAUAAUACUUUAAAUGAAAAUCAAAUAUCUAUUGAAAAAGAAAAAAUAAUGGCCAUCAUUCAAGACUAUCAAAAGGUGAAACAAGAAAUGAGGGAUCAAACUCAACAAAUACAAUCAUUAGACGAACAGUUAAAUGAAAUGAAGGCAAACUUGGAACUAAAAAAAAAGAAAAUUUCAAUGUUGAAAAAUCCCAAUCAAAUAUCAAAUAACAAUCCAACCAAUGGUAUUAAUAAUAGUAGUAAUACAAAUCAAAAUAAAACUAAUAAUAGUAACAAAAAAACUAGCCCAACAUUUCAACAACUUCAACAACAACAGCAACAGCAACAGCAACAACAAAAUAAUAACCUACCAUCCUCACCAACAACAAAUAAGCCUCCAAUUGGUAAGAAUAAUAGCUGUAAUAAUUUAAUAUCAAUUAAUUCACCAAAUAAUGUUCCAAUUUUAACAUCAAGUGGAUCACUACCACUAUUAAAUCAAUUUAAAACUUCACCAACAUCCUCUUCAUCAUCAUCAUAUAAUCAACAACUAAAUAAUAAUAAUAAUAAUAAUUCACCAAUUUUAAAUAAAAAAGAUCAAUUAAAUAAUUUAGCAAAUAAUUUAAAUUUAAAUAUUGGUAAUUUAUUAAAUGAAGAGGAUAUUAAUCAAAAGAUAUCUGAAGUAUUGGCAACAGCUAAAUAUAGAAUUGAAAGAAUUCAAUUUAAAAACAGAGUAUUGUUAACAUCACACCUUCACAGUCUUUCAACUGAAAUUCAUCAACUAAUUGAAAAAAGGAUAACAAAAAAACAAGUAAAUUUAGAAUUAAAGCAAAAUGAAAAAAUAGUUGUAGAUUGUGAAUCAGUAAGCUCAACAAUUUUAAAUUUUCUUCAAGAGCUAAUGAAUCAAAAACUAACAAUUGAUGAAACCGCCGAAUCCAUUGUAAAAAAACGUAAAAUCAAAUCAAAAGAAACAAAACAAUUGGAAGAAUUAGAAAAGAGAAAAAGAAAGAUCGAAGCAGCAAUUGCAUUUUUAAAUAUAGAGAAACGAAGUGUAAGAGAAUUACGAGAUAGAUUUGUUUCAGUUUGCAAUGAAGUCACUCGUCUAUACGAAGCAACCAAUACUAUUGAAAGAGAUUUGUCAAAAUGGGAUGUCGAAUUGGAAAGAAUUUAUCAUCAAACAAGAGAGGGUUUUUAUUCAGAUUAUUUCAAACUUCAUCCUUUAUUCCAAUCUUGUAGCCAAAGAAUUAAAGACCAUUACCAUACCAAGCAAGAUUUAAUAAGAGAGUUGGCACGUCGUGAAGCCGCUAGGAUUGCAUCUGAAAUUUAUAUCAGUGGCAUCGUUCAGAUUUUGGAAUGUGGUCAUGAUUUAAUAACUGACGAAAGAAUGGUCGAUGUUGCUAGAGUUAGAGGUUUGGAGCAUCAAGUACAUAUGCUAUAUCAUGCUCUAUAUGAUUCACAGAUUAAAAAUCAACAAUCAAUCAACAGUUAA